AUGAGGUAUCCAGCGAGGGUGACGGAAUCGGCAGAGGAGAAGAGGUCCCAGGAAGCACAUGUUCUUCAGCAGGGGAUGCAGGCGCCACCCCAACAGCACCAUCCAAGGCCACCACGGAAGCAACCGGAUGCGGAUGCACCUCCGCAUCCGUCAAACUGCGACGGUCCAAAGCAGGCGCCUCUAAGUCCCCCGUGCUCACCGGUGGGGCAGACAGAUCAGGCCCAGACGGAGCGACAGCUGGAACCACCGCGGGAACCACACCAGGCACCUGCACAGAGCGAGGACCCGCCGGGAAAUCCCCACUCACAGAUAAGCAGUGAAAAUCCUCCUCCAGGAAAACCGAAGGGGCCUCAGCACGACGAGCGUCGCAACUGGCCGCUCGCUACGUGGCCCUCAGCACCACCACACCAAACACCACCAAACAUGUGCGGGUUUGACCUUGAUAAAAGACUGCAAACUACAAGACUACAGCCUACAAAAUCUGCAAACUUAAAGACAAAAAAGUACGAGACUUCGCAUUACAAGACUUCAAACUAUGUUACUGCAAACUACAAGACUUCACGCUACAACACUGCAAAUUUCAACAUAAAAAAGUGCCUGAUGUCACAGGACAAGACUACAAUCUACGAGACUACAAACUUCGAGACUUCAAGCUACAUGAUUGAAUAUACGUAA